AUGGACUCCUACAAGAUUGUAGCUCCAUCACCCCGCAAACUCCAUCACAGACCCAGCUCCGGCGCCAGGGACAUGAAAACGACCAGAUCAAACUCUGGAACCGAUUUCUCCAAGUCCAAGAAAGCCAAGUUUCCCCAAAAUGCAUUGAAAAUGGCUAACUUGUCACCUUUGAGACGUCCACGAUCUGCGACGCCACUGAACUCACAGAAAACUUUAGACGAGAACAGUUCGUCCGAGCAGUUGGAAAAGCGAUUGCGGCACUACAACCUCGACUAUGUGGAGGACAAGGAAGAACAUCUAAAACAGAUCUAUGAUCCUAGCUCCAAGUGGUUUUGCAGAGAUGUAAAACCAGACUUCGUUGUGGAAGACUGUCUUCCAUAUCAUGUUGAAAGCCACACAGAACAAGCGAAGUACCUAUGUCACAUUCUCGUCAAUCUCUACAUAGCAAUCUGUUCUUUGGACAUACAGGGACUCAUAUCAAUCUCCAGCAAAGAUCUGGCAGACCUCAAGUCCGAAAUCGAUGACCUAGCCAUGAACACUGACAUGUUUCGGCUUUCAAGCGACGAAGAUACCUCGUACAAUGACAUUCACAAUUUUGACGAAGAUGAAGACGAGGAGUCUGAUGAAAUGAUUGAGUUUGAUGGUCCUAGCUUUAGCGCCACCGGGAAGAUAACAGCCAAAUCUGCUACAAUAGUAAACGUUAAUCAUUGGGCUAACGAGCUCAAAAACUGUCUACAUUUCGAAUUUCCAGUAAGCUUGCGAAAGACUUUAGCUUCAACUUUUUACAGUCUCUCACUUGUGCAAGGACAAAAAGUCUACAGACUAAUGCACGUGGAUCUGUUCGAGGCAUUGGUUAGCACGAAUGAUGAGGAGACUAACUUCACCGAGUUACUUCUCAGCGCUGGCUUGCAACUAGACUACAAGCCCAUGAAGAGUUUUCUUGACGAGUUCUUGCCAUGCCCCGAUGCCGAGUACACACGUUAUGACAUUUCGAGCAAGGCUGAUAAUCAACUUUUCAGGUUGCUUUUGAAGCUUGCACAUAUGGCCAAGCCAUUUUACGAUUUUGGAGAUGGCGAGAUUCUCAAAAAAACGAUGGAUCAUUUCAUUUCAAGCCUAUCCCCUUCUACUGCUUUCGGUGUUUUUCCCAUCAUUACUUCAUUUGUUCCAUAUCAUUAUGACGAGGAUUCAAAUAUCACUGAUUACUUUCCUUUUCUCUUUACACUUUGGACUACGACUACGCCAUCGGUUGGUUUCGACACUCAUUUCUAUGAUUUUAUUGGGUGCGUUGCCGAAGACGCCUAUCAAAAACUCUUAAAGCAAGAGAAUCCUGGUCUGGAGCAUUUGAGUAAACUCUCAUUUGGAAAGUUUGGUCUAUUGACGGAAGAUCAGAUAAGUUUUAUCUUCAACAGAGUUCAAAAUCAUUUAAGAAAUGAUUUCCAGAUCAUUUCCUUCAGCCGAACCGUAAGGCCACUAGUUUUCUCAAUCAAAGGUUCAGAUGCUGACAUGUUCUUUGACAAACUACAAGAGCUGCUUAAAUCAGUUGAAACGUUUGCUCAUCCAUCUAACAAUGGGCCGUGGACAAAGGCCAUUGCCAAGUUCGUUCACGGCUUUAUCAAAAUGUAUCAUCAAAGAGUAAAGUUUGAAUUGAGUCCAAAGGCAAAAUACAGAUCAAGUCUGAAGUUGAAUGCCAAAUGCCACACACGUCUUGUUGAAAUUUUUCAUAAUGUCAUCUUUUGGGGCGCCCAAAAUAAAAAUUCUGAUAUGGCCAAUUACUAUAUCUCGUGUCUGGCUUAUAUGUUAGACAUGGACUGCGAUAACAAAUGCAUUUUGUUCGACAGAGUGCUAUUGGACCUUUACGACUCACUUGGUGACUUGUAUAUCCACUCUGUCCACCGUCUUGUUUCGUCUUUGAAACAGUUCACAAAAGCUGUCAGAUUCAUGAUUCAGGAUCGAUUGUAUCGCGUACACGUCACUAACCUUUUAUCCAUGCUAAUUUCUAAAAUUGAUUUCAACGAUUUGCCGCUUACUAGCAACAUUAUUAAUUGUAUCGUUUCCAUCGCCUCAUUUGUUCCUCUGGAAAACAUGGUCUCCGAUGAAGAAUACCUCAGUUUUGAAUCGCAUACGUUGCCAUUCAUUCAAGAGCACGUUUUUUUCCUUAAGGAAAACAACACCUCUGCAGACUUCAAGUACGAAGAGGCAGCCCUCCUUGCAGCAUUCAAAGCAUCUACAAUUAUUUUUGAAAAUGUACUAAAAGUGUACCUCAAUAAGGUCGUACAAUUAGUCGACUGUGAUCUGGAGGAAGGCUUCAUCAGCAAGCUAAACCAAACCACGAUGAUCAUGAUAGAAUCGAUGUCUGACCCUAUGUUCAAGUACUUCGCAGAUGUGUUGGAAAGAGUAUUUUGGGAAAAUGAUUACUUCAAGGAAAAGGAACCAAACUAUGAACUAAUAACUAUACCAUUAGGGGCAGCAGUCAGAAGAGACUCUAAGUUGGGCAGAAAAAUGUUUACAAACCUAGCUUUCAACAUUAAAGAUCAAAUCCAAAGGGGAGCAGGUUCCGUGCGAAGUUCCUCUGAAAUUCAACACCGGGACGUAAAAUUAUUGACAUUUUUGACCGCUCUGAGUGACACUAUCAGACAAUCUCGAGCUUCAAUGCUGGAUUAUAGGGAAGAGCUGAAGGAGUUGCUGUUCUUCAUUUUCGACAACAUUUCAAAUCCUCCACUUGAUGUUCACACAUCCUUAGUUCUGCACAACGUAUUGACAAGUUUAUCCUCGACAGAGGUGGUGGACUACAGGCUUUUCACGGAGGAUACCGGAAUUUCUGGGGACGAAAAGUGGGGGGGUUUGCAAUUUGACUCUAGAAGAUUUGCGAAAGAAAGAACCAAUUUUGAAUGGCACAUCCCAACCGAAGAAGAAAUAAACUUUGCCACCGAACUGUUGGAACUGUUUACCAACUAUUGUUCAGAAAAAGUCUCCGAUAUGCUAUUAUCUCCAAAAAAAGAUUCUGCUUACAGCGACAAAUUGAAGAAGUACAUCUUGAUUAUUACCCAUACUUUAUCAGGCUCAAGUUUGCUCUUUGAUGCAGACUAUAAUAGACACAAGACGGAGCUUCUGCCUGUCGACUCUUACCGGAGUAAGCUAAUGCUGUUGAAAACUAUCAGAGACAAGAGGUGCGACGCUCAAGAGCUGAACAUUGACCUAGAACACGUCAAGAGCGAUAAUGGAGAGGAUUCGGAACUUGAUACUUCUGUGGAAUUGUCUGAAGACGUAUUAGACGAAAUACACAUGACUGAGAACGGAGAUAGCGGCGGCGGGGAAGGUUUUGUUUUUGAUGAAGCUUCAUCAAGUAUUCCAUCAGGAAUAGCAACCCCGGAACCAGGAUGUCACCAUGGUGGAUUUAAUGUUGAGUCUGCUAUUAGCGGCACUUUAGCCUUCAGGGAUCUGGAUAUCUUCAGCUGCAACUACUUUUUUGGUUCUGAUCCUCACAAAAAGAUGAGCAAUCAGACUUAUUUGAAAAUUCAGUCCAUCCGAUCACAAAUUGGGUCUCUGUUCCAUAAACUUUUCAAGUUCUUUUCCAGUCACUUCGAAGACAACACGAUAUUGUUCAAAAUUCUUCUACAUGGAAUAAAGGUCUGGUUUACCGAUGUGGGACAAGAAACAGUUUUUAACGAUGAACCUACAUCAAUCCUGGAUAUGGACUUUUUGGAAAAUAUUCAAAAUCUGUCGCACGUCACCGAACCCUACACAAGAACAUGUCUGGCAGCCAAAGCACAUUCCUUACACGAGGCCAGGGUUAUGCUUCAUUCGACUAAUAGAGCUGCUUCCAAGCUUGAAAAAGUUUUGUUGAGAGACGUCUUGAAGCUUUCUAUGUCUCUGUAUCCCAACAUCUUCAAGCCAGCGCAAGGCUGCUUGGUGCAGGCUAUGAAACAGCUGGUAGGUUCUUAUCCAAUUGUCAUGAAGCAUCUAUUGGAAGCGCUCAAAAAUGGGCUAAAAAAUGGGGAGCACAAGAGGGUUGAAGUAAUGCUAGAAGUUUUGCUCAUCAAAAAGAUACAUCGGAAAAUCAUGUCAGAUUAUAAGAAUCUCGAAGAAGUCAUAGAUUUGCUGUUUAAAGCUUGUCGCGUAAAAGAUUUCAACGUAUCGAAAUAUGCUGACAAAAUCUUAACUGAUAUUGCAUUGUCGUUGAAGAUCCCAUCUAGCGUAUGUCUUAUUGACAUGGAAAAGGUCGAAGGUCUGAACCCCGCGGAUGCGUCAAUCACUCAACAAGUGAGUGCAGUUCAAAAAGCUAAAGACACGAAGCGACAAUUUUUCAUUUCACUUUUAGAUCACCUACAAGGCUACUUAAUGGGCGUUUUGGCGUCAGACGAAGAAUUGGGAUGGAAAAUUCCGCUUAUCGUAAUGAAAUUGACGUCCAAACUGCAAUCAAGUCUCGAGCUAACUACUGAUAAGGGAGUAUUGCCUUUAAUCUUUAAGUCAACUGAGACAAAGCAUCCUAGCAUGAUUCACUUGGCGAUCAAAAAUUUUCUGAAUAUAUGCAAUAAAAUCACGUCACUUGGGGACUGUGAGUAUGACUUGAGGAAUGCUUUUGAUUUCAAGUUUGUUAAAAACGAUUUCAGAAUUAUUGAAACCAGUGACAAGAAGUUUGGCGAGACAUUUGAGCUGGAGAUGAAGAAUUUUCAGGACCCCAAAUUCUAUAUCGAUUCCAAGGCCUAUGUUGGCUAUGUUGCAUGGGGCCGGCACAUGAAGGUGGUAGAUAAUUGCUACGGCGUGCCUUUUAAACUCCGGGGCAAUGAAAUGGACUGUUUGAGAGAGUUCGGCCAACUUGUGAGUAAGGAAUGGAUUUUGGAAAUUUCUGAAGUCUUAAUCCAAGACAACGAGAGCAAGGGUGUAUUCAGCAGUUGCAACAUCGAGUUUUUUGGACUUCUCGUAGCUCUAAUCACUAACGAUUGCACGAACUUACGCUACGAUGAUUUGUUAGAAGUGUGUCAGUCCCUGUAUGAUAAGAGCGAUAAAGCUUCGAUGAUCUUGUCUGUUGAGGUGAUGGCUGGUUUAAUUGUGGCUUCAAAGAUGACAUCAAAAGAAAAUUUGGAGAGAAGAGAUGCUUUCUUGACGGCAUUUCUGGAUGAUUGCCUCGACCACGAGUUAAACCAAGAUGCUGUGGACAUAUGGUCUAUCCUGUGUUGGUGGCUUCCAACUUCGGUAGAUUUGAGAAGAUGCGCACCGCUGCACAAAAAGAUUUUUGAUAUCAAAGAUGUUAUGGACACCAGCUCAGAUUCAUUUGCUAAUCAGGCCUCGAAGAUAUCUUUUCUGAGAAAUUUGUUGUUGAGUCUCGAUUUUAGAACCCCUGACGCUGGCCAGAUUCUGUCGCUCUUGGUUGUGGAUCAUCCUUACGAUCAAGUACGGCAGUCGAUCUCCAAACUCUUAUCUACUCUUCUGCAAAGCCAACUUUCCCCAUCUUUCCCCUCUGUCCGUGACGUCGUUGAAUAUACCUCUGGUGAAACGGGCUUGGGAAGAAUGAUUCGAAAGAUUCCGCCUCACUUUGAUGAAAAACUGAAGGACACGUUCACUACAAUUGAAAGCGAAAGAUUGACAGUAGUCGAUUUGCCAGCCCAUGAAAUUUUGAAGACUCGAUACUACUACAUGGCGGCCACAAUGCUCAAUUGGGUACUGGAGCUUAUGAAGGGUCAAAACAGUGUGGUUUUGGUGAUUUACCUGGAAAAGUACUUGGCACCCUUUUUGAUGAAUUUGAUAAAGAUGAAGGAUGUUUGCAAUCUAGCCAAUUUGGAGCCCACUGCGUGCUAUAUUGCGAUUUCAUUCUGGUCGCUUAGAAAAGAGUACAUGCCACUGGUUAUGAGACUCAUUGAAAAUAUGAACUUGACCACGUCGCAUGAGCUUCGCGUGCAGCUGGUGUUCGUAGAGAACUUUUAUUCCAAGAAUAUGCUGCAGCUUUCAGAGGCCCAAAAAGAAUCCAUCCUACAAUUCGUAGUCAAACACAUCUACAACGAGAAUUUUGUGGAGGUGCGUUUGCGCGCAGCAGAGGUUUUGUCCGGCAUCAUACAUACGCUGAGCGACACUAACAAGCCUACAGAGCUCAUUGCAGAAUUCGCACAAGGUUUAGGGGCGCACGCCUUUGCUACAAAAAAAAAAUUGUCGAAGAACGACUCGAGGAUUCAUAGCUCGGUAGUAGGACUCGGGGCUGUUGUAUCUGCGUUCCCUUACUCUUUCCCGCUACCAAAAUGGAUCCCGCGUCAACUAAGUGAGCUGUCUUCGUGGGCCCGAACCAGUGGAAUGUCUGGAACCGCCGCCAAGGAGAUUAUCAGCGAUUUUAAGAAAGUGCGAGCUGACACCUGGCAUCUAGACAGGGCCGCUUUUACGCCUGAAGAACUCGAAGAUCUCGAAGGUGUCCUAUGGAGAAGCUACUAUGCAUAA